AUGGCAUUGUUUUUAUACACUCACAACACAAGCAGCGACCACAUGUACCCCAUGGAGUUCUUCUUCCCACCCCAGAGGACCUGUCUGAUCUGUGCAGAAGAGGCAUCUGGCUGCCACUAUGGAGCACUCACCUGUGGCAGCUGCAAAGUGUUCUUCAAGAGAGCCGCAGAAGGGAAACAGAAAUACCUGUGUGCCAGCAGAAAUGACUGCACCAUCGAUAAGCUGAGGAGGAAGAACUGCCCAUCAUGUCGACUGAGGAGGUGUUUUGAAGCUGGGAUGACCCUCGGAACACGUAAACUGAAGAAGAUUGUACAGCUGAAGAGUCCGGAGGAGGAUCUGCCCACCCAAGGCCCCACUGAUACCAUCCAGGGAGUCUCUCCCCAAUCCGGCCUGAGCUUCCAUUCCCAGCUGGUGUUCCUUAACAUCUUGGAAUCCAUUGAGCCAGAGGUGGUAAAUGCGGGACAUGACCAAUGCCAGCCAGACUCAGCUGCAGCGCUGCUCACCAGCCUCAACGAACUCGGGGAGCGCCAACUUGUCAAAGUGGUCAAGUGGGCCAAAGGCUUGCCAGGUUUUCGGAAUCUGCAUGUGGAUGACCAGAUGACAGUCAUCCAGCAUUCAUGGAUGGGGGUGAUGGUGUUCGGCUUGGGAUGGAGGUCCUACAAGAAUGCCAACGGCAGAAUGCUCUAUUUCGCCCCGGACCUUGUUUUCAAUGACCAUCGGAUGCACAUCUCUAGCAUGUUCGAUCACUGCAUACGGAUGAGACACCUCUCCCAGGAGUUUGUCCUGCUGCAAGUCACUCAGGACGAGUUCCUCUGCAUGAAGGCCCUGCUCCUCUUCAGCAUCAUUCCAGUGGACGGUCUUAAGAGUCAGAAGUACUUUGAUGAAUUGCGGCUGACCUACAUCAAUGAACUUGGUCGCGUCAUUAACUACGGAAGGAAGUCCAACUGCUCUCAGAGGUUGUAUCAACUCACCCGUCUCAUGGAUUCCCUCCAACCGGUUGUGAGGAAACUCCAGCAGUUUACAUUUGAUCUGUUUGUCCAGGCCCAGUCUCUGCCCACCAAGGUCAACUUUCCAGAGAUGAUUGCAGAGAUAAUCUCAGUACAUUUGCCAAAGAUCCUGGCAGGCUUGGCCAAACCAAUCCUGUUCCACAAGUAGCAGGAUUUGCCAUCAUACUGAGAAAAAAAUCCAAUCCAAGCUGCCUCUAUAUACUUCAGCCAAGGCUCUGUAGUGUUUCCCUUGUAAUGUUCUCUCU